AUGGGAACGCUCCCAAAACCGCCUCCUCAACCGGGAGGAGGCAACGAGGACAAGGACGGGAGCAGCCGGACAGGAAGUGCUACUGAUCUUCAUCCUGCCUCCUCGUCAUCGUCAUCCUCCUCUGACCACCAAACAGGAGGUCAAAGUGUUGCAUGUUGUUAUUAUACUAAUGUUCGACUUCCUCUAUCUCUCCACAGCGUCGCUACUACUUUCAGCACCACAGCUGUUUCUAUGGUUAUAAAUAACACUAAUGGCACUUGUCCUAUGGGAGGAACCAUUGAAUGGACGGCCAUAUGUGUCCUGCUCAUAUCUAUGCUAGGAAUUGUGUUAAAUGUGUUUGUCCUGAUGGUUUACUGCUUACACAAGAAUGCCUUCACCGUGCCCGAGAUCUACCUGAGCAACUUGGCCGCUGUUGAUCUCGUUCUGGUUUCCUGUCUGCCCUUCUGGGCUUUGAACGUAAUCAAGAAAUUUUACUCGGCCCACGGUGAAGUCAUGUGUAAACUGCUCAUCCUGGUCAUCAAUUUGAACAUCUGCUGCAGCAUCUACUUCCUUGUUCUGAUUGUGGUAGAUCGUUAUUUGGCACUGGUGCACCCGUUGUCCAGUGACAGAUUUCGUAGGCCAAAAUAUGCCAAACUGAGCUGUCUGCUGGUUUGGGGCUUUGGCUUACUCCUGGCUGCUCCUGCGCUCAUCUUGAGGGUCAUAACAUACAAUCCUCAAAGUGAAGUUACUGUUUGCAAUGUGCAGAACCCUAGCAACACUGUAUAUGCGUUGUUUAAGGGGUUACUCAUCUUAAGGUUCAUCCUUCCCUUCUGUAUUAUUUCCUUCUGCACUUACAAGAUCGUUAAAGCUUUGAAAAGUCGGGCGGUGCUGGGAUCAAACAAUCGGAAAGCGGAGCACAAGGCGACAACUUUGGUGCUGGCGGUACUCGUGGCGUUCCUGAUCUGUUGGGUGCCAUACCACAUUGUUAAGAUACUGCAAUCGCUAUCGGUAGUUAUUGAACAGGAAGGAUGUUACUUCUCUACCGUCCUAAGUAUCGCUGGCCAGACCGUCACCGUCUUCGCUCUCUUCAACAGCGUUCUCAACCCCAUCCUCUACAUCAUCGUCGGAAAGAACUUCAGGAAAAAAGUUAAGGAAGUCUUCUCACAGUGUGCCAUUAAGAGUAUGACACCAUCUUCAAGCCUCACACCUGUGAACACCGAUAUGACAAGAAGUUAA